AUUUACUUAAUACUAAUUUUCGUUUUCUAAAAUCAUAAAGAAAAUAUAAUUGUAAAAAUUUGUUUGAUAGUAAUUAUCCUUUUAUAAAAUCUUCUACAAAAUAAAAUUGUUAAAAACUGUUUAAUUGUAGUUUUCUUUUUUCUUCAAAUCUAAACAAAAAAUGUAAAACAAGUAUUUCAAAUAUUUUCAUAUAAUAAUAAACUUUCUUAUUAAAAUAGUAGAUUUUAUGUUUAAGAAAUCAUAAUCCAAAAAGGAUUACAAUUAUUCUUUUUUUUUGUAACUGAAAAGAUUACAGUAAGAACUAUAAAGUCUCUGAUCAUAAAUUUCAGAUAAGAGUGAUUGAGAGAACAACAACUGCAUAUGUGUGAACAAUCAUUACCUCAAAUACUCUGUGAAAAAAAAUUGAUUUCAACUACAAAGAUUUUGCUCAACUUAAAGAUACAAGAAACUAUUAAUUAGAUGAUAACAUUCAUGCAUUUAUAUACAUAUAUAUAUAUAUAUAACUUUUUUUUGUUACAGAUGUGUAAUUAGUAUAUCAAUAAUAUGAAAAAGUUGAUAUUCAAAUAGUUACUCUAACUUAAUUGUUAAGGAGGUAUUUUUCUGUAAAUAACUGUAGCACUUUUUCUCUAUGAAUUAUUAGUCCAAUUCCAUUAAGCAAUUUCAGUUUUUUUUUUCUUUUUUUUUCAACAAAAACUCUAUUCUAUAUAGUGAAAUUGAAAUACAAGCAACAUUAUGAGCUGGACAAGUAGAACUAUUUGAAGAUAUAUAUCGCGCUGUGAAAUGUGAUAAUAUUGUUAUUAUCAUGAAAGUCUUUUAGCAAGAGAUAUCAAAUUGUAAUUUUUUAAUCAGCAUCUUUUGAACUAAAUUCUAAUAAAAAAUUUGGAUGUUACUCUAAUUAGUUGAAGAAAAUUUAAUAUACUAAUUUUUAUUAUUUCUAUUAGUUUCAGCUAUGAUGAUGGUUGCUUGGUUAAUCUUGGCCAUAUGAUUGAAAAUUCUUAAAUGAAUAAUGAAGUUUAUGAAGCUCGGUAUUAGUUAACAUAUAUAUAUUUAUGUUAACUUAUAUGAGUUAACUAUAUUUAGUUAACACAAUUUUUUUUUAAAAUAAUUAAUUAUUUAUUUAUAUAUUUAUUAGAAUCCUAAAUUCCAUAUUCCUAAAACCUACCCCACCCCCUCAAUUCUAAACCCUUAGUCUAGAUUAGUUAAUCUUAGGAUUAUAAGUGUUUUUUUUUUCUUUUUAAAAGUGAGAAUAAAAGUGGUAUUAAGAAUGUGGUAUUUUUGGUAAUUUCCCGUAUAAUAUUGUCACUAACUAGAUUGACCUUAUUUAGCUUUCAAUUUUUUUCAUUUUAAUUUUUACUUUGGUUGAGUUUAGUUUAAAUAUUUAGGUAUGAGUGUUUUCUCUAGCCUUAAAUACAAAGUUGAUAACAAUUUACCUAUGCACCAUGAUUAUAAAUACAAAUACUAAUAGGGAUUUAUGUGUGUAAAUGAGUUUUUAAUUAUAAAUAAAUAUCUCACAGCUUAUGCAAACAAAAAAAAAAUCCUCAAUCUAUAAUAAAAUGAUUUAUUAUUUUUAUGUUUUUACUAAAACAUCAAACAAAACCCGUUGCAACGCACAGACCUUAUCCAGUUGAAAAAUAAAACUAACUUAGUAGUCUAUUAAGAUAAUUAAUUUAGUAGCAUCAAAAGUAGUCAAUAAAUUCAGUGUCAUUAUUAGUAGUCAAAAUAAUCAAACAAAAGAUGUAAGCUGAAGUCAAAGAAGAAUUGGAAUGAAUUUAAUAUCAUUAUCUUUAGUCAAAAACAAUCCAAACAAAAGAUGUAAGCUAGACAGCUAGUGUGUGUGCUUCUCUGACCUUCUCAGGUUCUCUGUUAGCUUAUAAAAGCCCCAUUAGGGAGUAUCUAAGGAAGUAAACCAAAAAAAUUGGAAAAGGUGGAGAUAGCAACCAGGAAAAAUUGUAAGAUACUCUAUCCAUACUAGCUUUGUGAUUGGUUUACACUAAUUAUGUAAUUUAAAUAGGAGGAUCUAUUAAGUGAAAUAAAUCAUUGACUUUCCAAAACUAAACAGAUCUUAGAAUCUUAGAUAUGCCAAAGAUUCUUUUCUAUUAGAGAAAAAUAUUCUUCACUGAAAAAACGUUACGUUGUUUAUCUCUCUGGUUGUAUCUCGUGCCAAAAUAACUCACACACACACACAUAGACGUAUCAAUCUUUCUGACCCAUCAAUUUAAAGUUGACUAAAAAGAUCAGACACCUAUAAAACAGAAUACAUCUUUAGAUUCUCCAUUUCACAUUUUUUCUAUAUUAAUAACUUUGUUUAUUACGAGAAAGGCUGUCUUUUUAUAUAUUUCUUGAAAUCCAAGGAGGAAGAUAGAGACAAGACUUAACUGAUUCUUGUCGGAGUCAUUGAUACAAGUGAGGCUAAGAACCGUAAAGUCAUUGCAAUGAAACAGUUCGAUCUCGAAGUCCCUGAGACCGCUCACCAGAUUAGCAGCGGUUCGGACUUCUUUCUCGUUGAAACUUUCAUUAACUAUUUUUGUCCUAUGUUCUUUCUCUUUUUUCCGUUGUUAUGUUGAGUAAACUUGUCGUUUAUCGCGUGAUCUUGAGCUUUUUUAAAGAAAAAAGUUUUCCUUUGUCUUUGGAAUACCGAAAAAAAGACUCAACAGAGUUUAUUACCUAUUUGUCGUCUUUGUCAGAUUAACUGAAACUUUGUCAGUUUAUUUUACGUGCAUAUGUCACUGAUGUAUUUUUACUUCAGCUGCCGAAAACACUAAAACGUAAACCAACUGUGAUGAUUUUUAUGAUGCCCACUUGUGAAAAAUGUUGUCUUUGGUGAUUUUGAUGGUGCCUAUUCAGGCAAAAUGUUAUAUUUUGGUGACUUUGGUUUGUAUAGAUUCAUGGUUUCAGGUAUCAUUCGUUUUGACAACGAGUAUAAACAGCGCCUAUGUGUUGGGAUAUUCCGGGACAGUCAUGGUUCCUUUGGGUUGGAUUGGUGGUGUGGUUGGUCUCCUUCUCGCUACAGCAAUCUCCCUUUACGCAAACUCUCUUAUCGCUAACCUUCAUGAGUUUGGUGGUAAAAGACACAUUCGUUACAGAGAUCUCGCUGGCUUCAUCUACGGUAAAAAGAUGUACCGUGUAACAUGGGGAUUGCAAUAUGUAAAUCUUUUCAUGAUUAACUGUGGCUUCAUCAUACUUGCUGGUUCAGCCUUAAAGGCUGUCUAUGUACUUUUCAGAGAUGACAGUGUAAUGAAACUACCUCACUUUAUCGCCAUUGCUGGUGUUGUCUGCGCGAUUUUCGCAGUCGGUAUACCUUAUUUAUCUGCUCUUGGAAUCUGGCUAGGAGUAUCAACAAUCCUCAGCAUGAUCUACAUUGUUGUUGCAAUAGUCCUAUCAUUUAAAGAUGGAGUAAACAAACCUUCAAGAGACUAUACCAUACAAGGAUCAUCAGUAGACAAGAUCUUUACCAUAACAGGAGCAGCAGCAAAUCUAGUUUUCGCAUUCAACUCUGGAAUGCUCCCUGAAAUACAGGCCACAGUGAAGCAACCAGUGGUUAAAAACAUGAUGAAGGCUCUGUAUCUUCAGUUCACUGCUGGUGCAUUACCUUUGUAUGCAGUUACAUUCAUUGGUUAUUGGGCUUACGGCUCCUCCACAUCGACUUAUCUGAUGAACAGUGUCACUGGACCUCUCUGGGCCAAAGCUCUCGCUAACAUCUCAGCUUUUCUUCAGUCCGUUAUCUCUUUGCACAUAUUUGCAAGUCCGACUUAUGAGUUUAUGGAUACAAAGUAUGGAACCAAAGGAGGAAGUCCAUUAGCAUUGAAGAAUCUCUUGUUUAGAACAGCAACAAGAGGAAGCUACAUUGCUGUGAGCACUCUUCUCUCUGCGCUUUUGCCGUUUCUUGGAGAUUUCAUGAGCCUCACGGGAGCGAUAAGCACGUUCCCUCUGACGUUUAUAUUAGCAAAUCACAUGUAUCUUGUAGCUAUGGACAGUGAGCUUAGUUCCGUUCAAAAGCUAUGGCAUUGGCUUAAUGUUUGUUUCUUUGGGUUAAUGUCUCUUGCGUCUGCUAUUGCUGCUGUUAGACUCAUAUCUGUUGACUCCAAGAACUUUCAUGUUUUUGCUGAUGUUUGAUUAAUGUCUUUUAUCAUUUGUUUAUAAUGUUGUAAUCUUUUGUAACAAAAAGAAAAGCAUAAUCCUAUUUAUUAUUACUUGUAGUCUCUCUUUACAAAAGCAAAAACAUGUAUUUAGACAUUUUCCAAGGCUUUGGUGUGGUUUAUCAACUGCUCUUGCAUGCACACUCUCUCCCAACUCAUGAUGAUAAAGCAAUACUAGCAUGGUAUAAAAACAUUAUACUGCAUAAGCUGUUAAUACAAAAAUAUCCGAACAGUUUAUAUAUCUCUAUUAAUCUUUCGGUUCAUAUAAUGCAUAUUGCUUUGGUUGCUGGCUGGGCCGGUUCCAUGGCUCUAUAUGAAUUAGAUGUUUUUGAUCCCUCCAACCCUGUUCUUGAUCCAAUGUGGAGACAAGGCAUGUUCGUUAUACCUUUCAUGACUCGUUUAGGAAUAACCAAUUCAUGGGGCGGUUGGAAUAUUACAGGAGGGACUAUAACGAAUCCGGGUCUUUGGAGUUACGAAGGGGUAGUCGGAGCACAUAUCGUGUUUUCUGGCUUGUGCUUCUUGGCAGCUAUUUGGCAUUGGAUAUAUUCGGAUCUACAAAUUUUUUGUGAUGAAGAAC